AUUUCUCUCUGCUCCCGAGUCUAGCCUCUCUUCGGCUGCCAGAUAAUUUACCCUUGGGUGUCAUUCCCCUUCAAAUAUGUGCACUCCCAAAGCUCAGGCACCUCGACUUGUCGGACAAUUACCUAACCGGUGAGUUACCUCUUUGUCUCCAAAACCUCACCAUGCUAGAAGUUAUUGACAUUCAUAAUAAUCAAAUCACUAGUCCUGUCCCUCCUGACUUGGGAAAUCUGAAGAAGCAGAUCCACCUAGAUCUUAGCUUCAAUUCCCUUGAUGGCCCUAUCCCUCCGACUCUUGGUCUCUUGUCUAACUUGACGCACCUCUAUCUGGGAGGAAACUCCUUUAUUGGAUCUAUUCCUCCUAAAAUAGGGAACUUGACAAACUUAACAUGUUUGAGUAUGGAAGGGAACGAAUUCAGCGGAUCUAUCCCGUCAGAAAUAGGUAAUUUGAAGAGCUUGAUUGAGUUGAGACUGAGCACAAACUCCUUCACUUGCCCAAUCCCUCCAUCUUUGGCAAAUUUAAAAAGCUUGAUCGUUCUAGAUUUACAUGAAAAUCGACUCGACUGUGCCAUUCCAGUGGAUAAAGGAGAUUUGAAGAGUCUCACUCAUUUGUAUUUGAGCUCAAACAACUUCCCUUGCCCCAUCCUUUCAUCUCUAGCCCAUUUAACCAGCUUGACCGUUCUACAUUUAGAUGGAAAUGAAAUCGACUGUGCCAUUCCAUUGGAAAUACGGUACUUCAAGAGUCUCACCGAUCUAGAUUUGAGCUUCAACAACUUCUCUGGAAAAAUCCCUCAUGCACUUGAAAGUUUGGUCAUGUUAAACUAUCUCAAUCUCCGGAACAAUUCUCUUCACGGUUCAGUUCCCAAUUUUGAAAAGCUUUUAAAUCUAAGUUACCUCGACUUGUUGUACAAUCAUCUCACAGGAAAUAUCCCAAAUAAUCUGCUCUAUGUUCGUUACAUAGCAGUCUACGGCAAUGACGGUUUGAAAAAAAUUGAUGGUCCCAGAAGAAUGUCUAGGUCUAUGCUUAUGACUGUAUUGAUACCAUCGAUGGCUAUACCGAUGAUAGUUCUUGGGUCUUGCUUCAUAUUUCAACAUAGAACGAAGAGCAUGCAAUCAUAGACAGUAGAAAAAAAAUG